CCACGCAAACCCUAACAAUACGGCCUAGUACUUCCAAAAUCGUCAUGCCCUUUCGUUAUCUUCCUCAUCCGUACGUCCUUUGCAUUCUAAAUAAUGCUCAUAAAAAUAUAACCCAUACAAAAGUACCAUAGCCCUUGUCUUUCUUUUCUUGUUCUUGUUUCGUUUGCUACAAUAGCCUCUGCUCUCUCUCUCGAAUACCUUAUAUCUUAUAAUCACCCUGUUGUAUUUGUUGUAUGGUUAAUUUAGAGUUGUAAAGAUGAUGUAUGAGCAGCGACAACAGCAAAUGAUGAAUAGAGUGGAUAGGAGGAAGAUUAAUGGAGACAGAAGGAAGGCAAUCGAGGAAGAAAGGCUUGAAGUUGUUGAUCUGAGUGGCAUGUCUCUGGAGACUCUACCUCACCCUUCACUCAACUUAGCUACUAUUUGCAAACUUUACCUCUCCAACAAUGAUCUGCAGAUGAUACCGGAAUCCUUAACGGCAAGAAUGCUAAAUUUGGUGGUGUUGGAUGUUCACUCAAAUCAGCUUAAAUCUCUCCCUAACUCAAUUGGAUGUUUGUCAAAGCUCAAAGUUCUUAAUGUUUCAGGCAACCUUAUUGAGUCCCUACCUAGAACUAUUGAGAAUUGCAGAUGUUUAGAAGAAUUGAAUGCCAACUUUAACAAGCUAAGCAGACUACCAGAUACUAUUGGGUUUGAGCUUGUUAACCUCAAGAAGCUCUCAGUAAACUCGAACAAGCUUGUGUUUCUUCCAAUGUCUACCUCCCACCUCACUUCUUUGAAAAUACUAGAUGCAAGGCUCAACAAUCUAAGGUCCCUCCCAGAAGACCUCGAGAACCUUAUCAAUCUAGAAGUCCUUAAUGUAAGCCAAAACUUCCAAUAUCUUGAAGCCUUACCGUACGCCAUUGGUGUCCUCAUAUCUCUUGUGGAACUGGACGUGAGUUAUAACAAGAUCACAACUUUGCCUGACUCCAUGGGGUGUCUGAGGAAGCUGCAAAAGCUAUAUGUUGAAGGGAACCCACUCAUUUCUCCUCCAAUGGAGGUGGUGGAGAGAGGCUUGCAUGUUGUCAAGGAGUAUUUGAGUGAGAAGAUGAAUGCAGGCCACAAGAGCCCAACAAAGAAGUCAUGGGUUGGUAAGUUGGUCAAGUAUGGGACCUUCAAUGGCAGAAGAAUUGGGUCCAGGAAAGACAGACAGUGGUUCCAUGUUUCACCUGAUCAUUAUCACUCAUUUGAUGGUGUUGCUUCUCCUGGAUACGAUAGGAAAUCAUCUAAAUACACAGGGAAUCGUUCCAUUGAAGGCCUUGCUUCUCCUAGACACUUGAGGAUGUUCUCACCCCGUCGUCUGUUCUCUUCAAAGAACUUCUUUUAGGACUGCUAGACCGUUUGUUGCAUCAUGAAGUUAGACAGCUUUUAGCAUACUUCAGUGCAUGAAGAUUGUCAGAUAGGAGAGGGUGAUCAAAACUCCCCCAAGGCUUGGAAUCUCCUACCUGGGCCUCCAUGCGUUUGCCUUAUUUUUGGUUUGUAAUUUGUAAAUUGUAAAUAAAUAUCUUAAUGCAUCAUGAUUAAUGGA